AUGAUUCACGGCCCUCGAUCCAACUCAUUAUUGGUCCUUGGUGCUUUUACCUUCGCUGUGACAGCUAGUGCUAUUACUCUCCUUUCCAUCAAGCAGUCCAAGAAAAAGGUUCCCAAAUCACCCCGUCGGGAAAAGCUACCAAAAGAUCUCGAAACUUGGAAAUUUCUCAGCGUUGAGAAGUAUAUAGAAGUAUGGGAAGAACUCCGACCUCUUCUCGAACAGCAUAACUUUCAGCUGUGGACAACCACCCCCGGGAUACAGCUCUGGGAUUAUGAUCUGCCUCCACAGGGAGAUAAUUUCCUCUACUUGACUUCGCACGACGCCCCAAAUAAGUCAUGGGUAAGAUGGCGCAGUUUCAGUUUUAUAACGGUGUGCCUUCACCACGCUGCUCGUAUGAAUGGAAUUCGCGACGUCGUUCUUCGUGUAGUUGCCCUAUCAGGCGAAGGACAGACCCACCUGCGAAUUAUAAAGCGACUUGCAUCCCCUCCAGACCAGUUGCUAAGCAGCAACCACAUUCUGCCUAUUUUACACGAGAUUUACUUCCAGGAUAUUGUCAUUAUAGCCGUCCCAAAGCUUAUUUUCGAUCUUCGCGAGGUCCUUUUCUAUCCAGAGACAAACUCCGUUGAAGACGCCUUAUAUAUGGUUCUCCAGGCUUUUGAGGCAACUGCAUAUCUCCAUCGAAAUCUUAUUGCGCAUCGUGAUUUAUAUAUACCCAACUUUAUGGUUGAAUGGAUGCCGGAGUCUUUGACUAAACGCACAACUGUGGCUCGUCCUAGGGUAUACAUGAUCGAUUUUGAAACUGCAGUUGACUUUCCAGCGGACUCCUUAGAGUCGGAUAGGGUGUGCACAUCGUUUCAUCGGGAUCUAGAGCAAUUCGGUCGUCAUAUCGCGCCGGAACUUAGAACGAAGGAGCCAUAUUGCCCUUUUAAAUUGGAUAUGUGGCAGUUGGGAAACGAUCUACGUAUCACUCUAUUGAUAAUACUGACUCUCUCCAACAAGACCGGACUGGACGAGAUCGACAGACUUUGGCAGGCUCUUUGCGUACAUAAUCCUCAGGACCGCAUGACAGCUGACAUUGCCCUGAAGACUCUUGAUGAUUUUCUUCGUAAAACUCCUUCCAUUGAUCUCCACAGAAAGAUAUUAUACCCGACCAAUUAA